AAAUCAGAGAGACAGAGAGUUGAAACUUGAAACAGAGUCCUUCUUUACCCAAUUGCCAUUCGUUACUUUAUCGAGACUCACUCCAAGAAAAGAGUUGCAGCACUGCAACCUCACCUUCCUCUCAGGUGUAUCUGUACAUUUUGUCAGAUCUCGAUUUUCCAACCCCAAGAAUCAUAGCUCAAAACCCUUCCUCAAACCACUCCAAUUUCUUCAUUUUCACACCCUUUUUUCUACUUCAUUCAAUAGCAGCAGCAACUAGUAUAGUAACUGUUUCUUGCUCUAGCUUCUGCUAAUUCCUUGCACACAUAAACCCUGCAUUGAAGAGGCUCAAAACUGAUAAAAGGGUACCCGGAAAAAGUGCUUAAAAGUAGUAUAAAGCAUUUAUAUAAAGGCUCUGUCAAAUGCAGCAGCAGCUAGCACUGCAUUUAUGAAGCUUCUCUGACCAAAGCCGCAAGAGCUGCCUCAUAAGGUGGCACUGUUUCAGAAAAGGAAAAACCAGAUAAUAAUCACACACUCUGAUAAAGCUUACCCUUGUUAAAAGCUCUCUGUUUUCUCCUCCUUCUGAGUUAUACAAACAAACCCCCCCAUCACAAAAAGCACCAGUUUUCAGGAUCAAACAAGCAACUUUUCUUGGUUCAACAAGAUGUUUUCCCUGAAGCAAGGUGAAGAGGCAAUCAUGCCAAGCCUCAACCAAAUGGUGGAGCGUGAGGAGGGGGAGGAUGUGAAGGAGGAGAAAUCACGUUUCAGCUUCAAAAACUUUCUCUGGCAUGGUGGCUCUGCCUAUGAUGCCUGGUUCAGCUGUGCCUCAAAUCAGGUUGCUCAGGUUCUGUUAACUCUGCCUUACUCUUUCUCUCAGCUGGGAAUGCUUUCAGGGAUCAUAUUCCAAGUCUUCUAUGGCUUGCUUGGAAGUUGGACUGCUUAUUUAAUUAGCAUUCUGUACAUUGAGUUCAGAAGCCGGAAAGAGAAAGAGAAUGUCAAUUUCAAAAACCAUGUCAUUCAGUGGUUUGAAGUGUUGGAAGGGUUAUUGGGACCAUACUGGAAAGCUGUUGGAUUGGCCUUCAAUUGCACUUUUCUCCUCUUUGGUUCUGUAAUUCAGCUCAUAGCUUGUGCAAGUAACAUUUACUACAUUAAUGACAACUUGGACAAGAGAACUUGGACCUACAUUUUUGGAGCUUGCUGUGCCACCACAGUGUUCAUACCCUCAUUCCACAACUACAGGAUUUGGUCCUUCCUUGGCCUAGGCAUGACCACCUACACUGCUUGGUACAUGACCAUUGCAGCCCUUGUUCAUGGCCAGGUUGAAAAUGUCACUCACUCGGGCCCAAACAAGUUGGUUUUGUAUUUCACAGGUGCCACAAACAUCUUAUACACUUUCGGCGGGCAUGCUGUCACAGUGGAAAUCAUGCAUGCAAUGUGGAAGCCUCAGAAAUUCAAAUACAUAUAUUUCUAUGCUACUCUUUAUGUGUUCACCCUCACCCUACCGUCAGCUAUUUCCGUUUACUGGGCCUUUGGUGACCAACUUCUGGAUCACUCCAAUGCCUUCUCUCUCCUCCCCCGCAACGGCUGGCGUGACUCUGCUGUCAUCCUAAUGCUCAUCCACCAGUUCAUCACCUUCGGGUUUGCUUGUACGCCAUUGUAUUUUGUGUGGGAGAAAGUGAUAGGAAUGCAUGACACAAGGAGCAUUUUUUUGAGGGCUAUAGCCCGGUUACCUGUGGUUAUACCCAUAUGGUUUUUGGCUAUUAUUUUCCCUUUCUUUGGUCCCAUUAACUCAGCUGUGGGAGCCCUUUUGGUCAGUUUCACAGUUUACAUCAUCCCUGCAUCUGCUCAUAUGCUCACCUUUAAGUCUGCCUCUGCAAGACAGAAUGCUGCAGAGAAAUUGCCCUUCUUCAUCCCUAACUGGACUUUCAUGUACGUGGUGAAUGCAUUUGUGGUGAUUUGGGUUCUGGUGGUGGGCUUUGGGUUUGGAGGGUGGGCCAGCAUGACAAACUUCAUCAAGCAGGUUGAUACAUUUGGACUAUUUGCCAAGUGCUACCAAUGCCCUCCAAAAGAACUACCCUCCAACCACACCUUGCCGCAUCAUUAAUGAAAACACUUGUGUAGUUAAUUUGUGUGAAGGGUAGCCAUCAGCAAUAUUAUCCCUAUCUUUUCUGGUUUGAUAUCUCUAUAUAGGUACAUUAUUGUGAAUGUCCAUGUUCCCUUAUGUAGCAAGGCAAUGUUAAUCAUUUUAAUUCAUCAUAUACAUCACUAUAGCUAGCCUUGUGGAUUGGUGUUUGGCAUAAAGCGACAUCAAGUAAAUUCUACAUGUUUCUGGUAUA